AUGGCGGCCAACGGAAGCGCUCCUCCCGUCGGACAUGAGAACAUCAACACCGACAUCGUCACGCUCACUCGAUUCCUGACUGAAGAACAGACGAAGCACCCGGAAGCCACGGGAGACUUCACACUCCUGUGCCAUGCUCUUCAAUUCUCCUUCAAGUCGAUCGCAUACUACAUCCGUCGGGCCUCGUUGAUUAACCUGACGGGGCUGGCGGGUUCGUCCAACACAACCGGAGACGACCAGAAGAAGCUUGACGUGAUCGGGAACGAUGUCUUCAUCUCGGCCAUGCGUGGCUCUGGCAAGUGCCGCAUCCUCGUGUCCGAGGAGGAGGAAGAGGUGAUUGUCUUCAACGAACACCCGCAUGCACGGUACGCGGUUGUGUGCGACCCGAUCGACGGGUCAUCGAACCUCGACGCCGGAGUGUCGGUGGGCACGAUCUUCGGCAUCUUCAAGCUGCCAGAGUCGGUGACGGCCGAGACCACGGUCAGCGCACAGGACCUUCUCCGCGCGGGCACGGAGCUCGUUGCCUCGGGCUUCACCAUGUACGGCGCCUCGGCGCAGCUGGUCAUCACGAUGCGCGGCGGCGGUGUCAACGGCUUCACUUUGGAGAACUCGCUGGGAGAGUUCAUCCUGACCCACCCCAACAUGCGUCUGCCCCCGAAGCGCGCCAUCUACUCCGUCAACGAGGGCAACAGCAUGUACUGGGAUGAGUGGUGCACGCAGUACUUUCACGAGCUCAAGUUCCCUGGCGAGGGCCAGAAGCCAUACAGCGCCCGCUACAUCGGCAGCAUGGUUGCCGACGCCUACCGUACCUUGCUCUACGGAGGUGUGUUUGCCUAUCCGGCCGAUAAGAAGAGCCCCAAGGGGAAGCUACGUAUCCUGUACGAGUGUGCCCCAAUGGCCAUGGUCUUCGAGAACGCAGGCGGCCUCGCCGUCAACUCGCGCAUGGAGCGCCUGCUCUCUGUCGUGCCCGAACACAUCCAUGACCGCAGCGGUGUCUUCCUUGGCUCCAAGGACGAAGUGCAGAAGAUCAUCGACACGUACACCCGCUUCAACAAAUAA